CAUUAUCGUGAAGCGUCGCGACCGCCUGUUCGCCACACAACGUUACUUGAAGCCUCGAAUCUUCAGCAUAAGACGUGAAAGAAGGAGAGAGAGAGAGAGAGAUCGUUCCGAUGUUGCCCAAAAAGUUUUCUAUAGUGGUAGAUUUAGGAUGUUUUCUGAUUGUAAGUAUAGUAAAUGCCUUUUUGGCACUCAUUACCCCUCCAUUCAGACGUGGGUUUUUUUGCAAUGAUGACAGCAUUAAAUACCCGUUCGUCAAUGAGGAACUUCUUCCCACUUGGACGUUGCUGUUAGUUUCAGUUAUUCUACCGGUUUUUACGAUCAUCAUUUGUGAAGUUGGAAGGCAAUACCAAAGUGGUCAAAAUACCAAAAGAGAACAAUAUCAGAACAGUGAAAACAGCGCUGUCUGCGGGUCAUGCAUGAAAAAGCCGUUAUUCCAGAGGUUAUUUAAAACAAUGUCUUUAUUCUUAUACGGCUCACUAAUUAAUCUGCUCAUCACUCUGCUUGGGAAGACAUACGUUGGUGAAUUAAGACCCCAUUUCCUGGCGUUGUGUAAACCAAACAUGAGUCUAAUUGACUGUAACCAGGGAUACAUUACAAACUAUGAAUGUACUGGCAGUAACCUUGAUGCAAUUGAAAAAGCCAGGAGAUCAUUUCCCUCAGCUCAUGCAUCUCUCUCUAUGUAUGGCAUGCUCUUCUUAGCAGUGUAUUUUGAAUCACUCAUAAGGGAAGGAGGUUCUUUCCUAAAGCCUUUCAUUCAGUCAGGUUGUUUCAUGGUAUCACUACUGUUUGGACUGUCCAGGGUGAGAGACCACAUGCAUCACUGGCAUGAUGUUUUUGCUGGGUUCUUGUUGGGUGGAUUUUUCGCUGUAUACAUGGGCAUUAAAGUCCUGAAGCUCCUUGAGGAAAGUCAUCAAACACCAAAAACAGGCAAUAUGCAUUGUGAAACCCCGAAGAGCUCAAUGGGCAACAGUGAAUUCUAUCUGCAUUCCCCUGACAAACUAAUACCAACCACUCCACAGUUUCCAGUUGCUAUAUAAGCUUGGUAGAUCCCUCAUGUAAGGGGUGUAUUUUGAAGAAUUUCCCUUUGCAGCUGUAAUUUUUAGUCAUGAAAAACUUUACACUGGCCAUGACAAAGAAUUAACAUUUGGGAAAGUGUCAGAGAGGGAGGUAUUUCUUAAAGAAUGCAAACUGAAGGGUUUGCACAAAGAAAUAUAGAAGUAGCAAAAAAGUGUUAAGUAACAGGAGAGAACUAAGGUCAUCAAAGUUUGGUUGAAUAGUUCUGCAUUGUAGGUGGAGAAUUCUCCUAUAUCCAAUACCUAAUCAACAUCUUGAAACUAUAGUAAAAUAUUUUUAUAUAAAAUAAUUAACCAGUGAUUACCAUAAGUUCCAAUAUCAACACAUCAUUAAAUAUUUGAGUUCAAUUCUGUAACGAUAGGGGUUAAGAUAAAUUAACAACUUGCGUUGACAGUAGCACAAAGUUAUUUUUGUCUGAAAUCUCAACUAUUAUAGAGAAGAUUAAUUUCAAUUCAGAAUAAUUGACAAAAAGCAACAAUUCCGUUGGCAAAUAUGUAUCAUUCUCAAAGAUGUAUUAAAGUAUUGAGAAUAUGGAAACUGAUGCUAUAGAGUACAGGGUUUAAAGUUGGAUGAAGCCAUAGAAGAGGAGGAAGUGGUAGAGGAACCACUUUAUGUUGGGAGCAAGAUUCUCAAAUGGCAUUGACAACUAUUUAGCUAACAUAUGUAUUGACAAAUAACAUUUCAUAGCACUGAGUGCUAUUCAAUAUAUUUUUUCAUAUAAAAAAAGAUGCUUAAUUUUUAUAAGCUACAUUUGGAAUUGCUGUAUGAAUACUAUGUAUAGUGCAGUUAUUCAUUUGUCAACUGACAGUAAAUAAUCUUU